UCCCGUGCCCUUUCCUCUCUUUUUGCAUUUGAUACCACCGCAGGCAGGUCCUGCUGCAACUUGCCUUCAUUUCGCUCACAUAGCCUUGCCUUCCUUUGGUUCACUUGUCCCUGAAUCUCUCGCUCUAUUAGAGAAAACAGGUUGUCCUUUCACUUUUCACACCAACACAAUGGGCCGGUUCCUUAUGCUUUUCACUUUCAGUUUCUCCUUUCUGCUCUUGCCUGGCGUCCUCGCCGGCUUGGACCCAAGGCACAACCUCCCGUCGUUGGCGUUGACCGCCGCUCUUUCUGUCCCGGGCUUCUUUGCCCCUGCAGUCUCUGGCUAUGUCCUACCAGUGACGACGACCCGCGAGGAGUUGGCGUGGAGACGUGACUCUCUCCUUCCACGCAAACACAAUGACCACAAACAUAAUGGUGGUGGUGCUGGCGCUGCUGCCGCCAGUGCCAACACCACAAGCACCCAAAAUACAACCGAUGCCGCUGCUGCGUGCAUGGCUGCGGCCAUGGAAGCUGCCGUCAAUCAGACCGGCGUGGCCAACGUCACCGAGGCCGUGGCCAUGAGCAACACCUCCAUGUCCGCCAUCGCCAGUGCCUGUGCCGGGAAUUCCACGGAUCUCGUCCAAGCUGUGGCCGCGGCGACGAAUGAUACCGCAGCCUCAACCAACGUCACCAGCGACGCAACCGCAAGUAACAGCACAAUCGACGACAGCUCUUCAACCAAUUCUUCCUCAUCAGCUGACACCGGGACCGGAAACGGUAACGGUAACGGUAACGGUAAUGGCAAUGGCAACGGCAAAGGACGAGGCAAAAACAACAAUGAUGCCACCACCGACAACGCGAACAACAACAACGGCAACCCCAUUAGCGCGGUCAUCGACGACGCCUUGCAGGUUCUCGACUCCGUCAUCGGCAAGCGCGGCGACGCCGACGACGUCGCCAAGAUGACCAAGCGCGACAACAAGUACCGCGACAGCGUGGUGCGCAAGAAGUGGGUGGCCGGCCUGGACGAGAGGGCGUUCUGAGCAUAUAUAGCCAUAUGUUCUCGCCUAAGUGUUCGAUGUAUUUGUAUGGAGGUCCCAUCUGCGGACGGCAUUCGAAGCUUUGUACAGUCGUCCCCUGCCCCUGGGAAAAAGAAGGGGGAAAACAAUUGGUUCUGGAAUGCCAGAAGCAUGGCUCGGAGGUCGAAACGGAAUUUGAACAAAUAUGGAGUCCUGGCAGAGGUCUUUUUCGAAAAUUUCAGGGCAACAACGAACGGGAAGAAAAGAGAAAAUGUAUGAAUUGAAUGCAAUGCAAUGCGAUGCGAUGAAACAGGGGGAAAGAAGAAAAGGGAUAGAUGCCUCAGAGAUUCCGAGAGGCAAGGAAGAAUUAGCGCACGUCCAUAGACAAGAUGAAAAAAAGUUCGUGUAAACAUGAACAUGAACC